GGUUUGGCUUGGAAGGGAUCUUAAAGGUCAUCUGGUUCCAACCCCCUGCCGUGGGCAGGGACACCUUCCACUAGCCCAGGUUGCUCCAAGCUCCAUCCAACCUGUCCUUGGACACUUCCAGGGAUGGGGCAGCCACAGCUUCUCUGGGUAUUUAAGGACAUCUUAGGGAGCAGCAGGGAUACAAAGGCAAUAGAAUGGCUAAAUAAGACUCUGCAUGAAAAUGGGGUAAGUGCAAUUUGUUAUCAAGUGCCAGCAAAGUGGUUCCUCCGGCUGUGAGGACAAAAUAGAAGCCCCACAACAGAUGAGGAGGAACGUUGAGUGGGAAAUUAGGAGUCUAAUUGGUGUCUUAGGAGCCAGAUGAGUGAAAUGACCUUUGGGUACUGCAGCACCAGUGUCUCACAAAGCACCAAUGGUAUCAGCCCUCAGCAGCAGAACCAGAAUCCUCCCCAGUCCUGUCCACCAACCCCAGGGAUUUGCUGGGCUGGAUGGAAGAGGCUGUGUGAGACUCAUGCAGAUGAAUCACCUGCACAAACCUGAAUCCCCACCUCGCACAGGGAUUGAAAUUUAAAACAGACAAGAGAUUACUCCUAGCCUGGCUUGGGAGCCCUGCUGACACACGGAGCUCUCAGAGUGGCAGGAGGGAGGAGAAGAGCCUGAUCCGGGUGGGCUCCAAGCUGGCAGCUCUCAGCAGCACGGGUGCCUCUGAGGAGCUCUCCUGCUCCUCAGGCAGCGUGGGCUGAGGCUUUGCCGCUCCACACACCUCCUUCCUGCAAUCCUGGCAAUUACCAAUCGUGUAAAACCCAGUUCCUGACGUGGCUGACUCAGCAAGGGCUUGGCUCAAAACAAACACAUCCGAGCAGGAGCUGCAGCCCGGGAAGAGGCGACGGGCGGCACAUGAAGAGACGGCGGUGGCAGCAGCUUUGGGGAUUUUUAGCAUUCUGGGUCCAACCUGGCUGAAUUCCCGAACUCCCGGCUGAGCUGUCCCUGGACUUGCUCCUUCAUCCUGGUGAGUGUAGCAGGCACAGUUCUCCGAGAGCUCCAGCGGCUUCUCCCCUGCUCCCUCGGACUCAGGGUUGCUCCAACACAGUUGGGACUGAGUCACCGUCUCCUUCCCAACCACCCACUGGAUUUUCCGGCGGUGCCCCUCCGCAGAAGGUGGCUGGUUACCAUGGCACCCGGGUGCCCUUCUGUUCUAGAUGCCAGAUUAGAUCUGUUCUCAUGGUGACUGUGCCUUGCUGUUCCUCACCAGCACACGUUUAACGAGCUCAGACACUGUGUUCCUUCUCCACUCGAGGAGGAGACUCCUUAAGAUCCAAGACAAGCCAACUGCUCCUUACCACAGCGUGGAGUCUGCCUUUCCUGCACUACCAGCCUCCCUGUUUUCCUUCCAGCUACGGGAACGGGGCAGGAAGAGGCUGUUCCUGCUGCGUGGCUUGCUGCUGAUCCCGUGGCUUUAGUCCAGCACCUGCCUGUGAGGAGCCUGCAGGUCCCUUCUCCUCACUGCCUCCCUCAGCAUGGAUACCUGGCGCAGAGGGUCCAUCAAGUCCACCACCUUCUUCAGACGUUUCUCCCUCAGGAGGCACAAAAAGCUGGGCAACCAAGUCAUCAUCCUGAACCAGAACAGCCACACUCUGGACACUGACGGCCAGAAGAGGGAAGGCUUGAGGGAUCUGAAGGACAAGUCUGAUUACCUGUCAUGCCAGAGCGAGCAGAACCUGGCCAAGGCACAAGCCCCUCCCAAGCCUCCCCGGCUGUACCUGGACAGUUCCAGCUGCCCCAACAUCAUCGACCACACCGACUCCCACUCCGACAUCUCCUUUUCCGACGCUGCUCAGUACCACAAAGGCACUCCAACGCACAAGGACCAGGCUACAGACCACGGCACCUCAGAGGCAGGUUCCCAGAAUGGCACCGCUCUUCCCGACCUGGCUGAUCCCUUCCUGUCCUUCAAAGUGGAUUUGGGGCUAUCGCUCCUCGAGGACGUCCUGCAGACCCUCAGGAAACAGAACCCCAGAGAUUAUGCCAUCUGAAGGUACUUAUCAUUCACCACGUCCCAUUUACCCGAUGCUGCUGCUGGCUCCUCUGCUCCCAGCGGGAGGAGGGAUGCUGGAGCACGCCUGUUGUGUGUGGCCUGUUUUGUUGUCCUCGCCUCACCCACCACAGACCAUCCCUUCCUUGCCAAGGAAUCCUCUGAAGCAGAGCUCAGGUGAGAGCACCGUUUCCACUCUUCACCCUGGGAAUCUCCCACUCAGGACUGUGCGUCUCCUCCUCAGGGAAGAAUGGCAUUGUUUGGGAAAGACUUGUUAUUUUGGGGAUGUGGCUGUGACACUGCGGGGCAGGGCCACACAGGGACUUGGCAUGGAUCCCUUGUGGGACAGCAGGCAGCCUGCAAGGAGACAGUAGCACUGCACCUCAAAGCCACAGGUGUGGCCAGGGCCGAGAGACGGGAACUGGGGGUUCUUCUCUCACCGUGUCUGGAUGUGAAAAAUCCAAGUUGUUCCUUCUUUUUUUUUUUUUUCUUCUUUCCUCCUUGUGGGUUUCUUUUCCCCCAACUCCAGUGCAGUUGGCACUCCCAACCUGGAAACAGGUAAGCAUCCACACGUGCUCGUGACAGAGCACCAGCAGUGGGUUCAUCCUCCUGGCAGGAGAGGAGAUGUCUCCCUACACUGCUGCCUCACGCAUGCACUGAGCUCCCAGCUGUACAGACAUGGAAGAAUAAAUGUAUUUGUGACUGGAA